CGGGGGGCGGGCGGCGGCGGCGGCGCCGACGGGUCCCUGUCCGGGACAAACCGGGCAGAGAGCGGCCUGCGGGGGGCCGGCCCGGCCUCCCCUCCCCCGGCCUGGAGGGCCAGCAGGCGGGAGGUGGCGGGGUGCGGGGGGGCUGGCUGGCUGUGCGGCGCCGCUGUUACGGCCUCGGCACCGGCACCGAGCGUGCGGGCAAGGCACCUGAACUGAACGUGCAUUGAAAAGUAUUAGAGGCGCAACUAAAGAGCAAAGCUGCGACCCGCCCCAGGAAGCUGAUCAGCAGCUAGGGGGGUUCCCUGGCCGGCCGCCCCCCCGCAUGGAGCCUCUGAGCAAAGCCCGGCCUUCCCGCAGGGGUCUCCGAGGUAUGAAAAAACGUUGGCUGUUUUUGGAGGUCAUGUGCCAAAUGAACUGAGAUCAACGAAGCUACUCCAGGGGUGAAUUUGGAUCAUUGCAUGUUGGACUUUCAAAGAAAAACUGCAGAAAUCACAAGACUCCUUGAAGCAGGGACCUCAUGUGAGUCAUACAAACUGUUACUACAGAUGGAGGGAUGAAGAAGAGCAAAGGACAAAAAACCGAGAUACAUGUUAAUUGAAAAAGGACAACAUGGGAGACAUGCUGUGUGUAAGUGCUGUCAGACCAGGAUGCUGCAGCUGCUGUGCAGAGAGAAGGGGCUCCUGACAUAUCCAAGACCUUGGGCACAUGGAAGUGGCAUCUACAGCAGAGGCAUUUAAUAUCAUACUGUGAUACUUCUGCAUUGAGAUGGGUUAAGCCUGGGUUCUUCCGCUUGUUUUGGCAGUGCAAAACAUUCACAUUUGCUUCUAACCAGACAGCAUCAAACUUUGCAGCUUCAGGCUUGUGAAGCUACUGCAAGAGGACUCCGUGCCUUAAAUGACAAUAAAUGUGUUUGAUGUGAUGAACGAGAAGACUGCACUCCGGCUCCAUGCCAAUGAAGGAUUGUAAAACAGGGAGGGAGCCAACAACCUACAGUUCUGGAGAAGGCAGCAUGCCAUAGAUUACAAAUCCUGUUACAUUUGAGUCAAAUGAUAAUGCAGGCAUCCAUCCAAUGGAGCUGCUCAGAAGGAGCUUGCAGCCUGCCUGUCAGCCAUUACUACUGGUUUUAUAGUUGUAUAGUUUAUGGCACCGUUAUGCAGUAUGGGCCAAAUUAACAAGCUGUGUAAAUUAUAUAGUGGUGAGGAAGCGGGUUGGGGGUGUGUUUAAGGAGGAGAAGGCAUAAAUUUAAACUUCCUGAAAUUUCACUCCUGCAUUUGGUUUUUAGUCCCUGCCCUAAAAGCUUGCUGUCUAGAGAGCAAUAAAUCAAGGGUAAGAGAGAAUUAACAUGUAUUUCAAAUUAUAAUGGUAGAAGCAUCCUCUGCAGUUAAGGCAGUUUUAUCUUUGUGUGAUCUGAGUGAGCGCUACCAUUUACCAAGACAGGAACAUAGAGACAGUUGCUCCCCUUACAGACGGAGCUGUGAAACUGUACUCGAGAUCUGUGACUGGUGGGGGGGAGAUGAAAAUGAUGUGAAGUGCUCAAAGCCAGUGCAAUCAAGGAGAAAGGAAAGAAUCACAUCAGUAAAGUGGUGGUUUGCCAGCGAUAUAGUUUGCCACCUUUUCCUGCGCCAGCUGUUGGAUGUAACCAGAGCACCCCUUCCUCUACCCUCACUGCAGCCCCUGCAGCUCUACACCUUCCAGAGCUGGAGGUGCAGGACACAGAGGCCCUGGAGUUACAUUGAUCCUUUCCAGGGGCAGGAUGGUGCGGAGAGGUUCAAAUGGGUGAGUGUGCGGCAUCCAUAGUGCCAGACAGGAGAUAUUUAUUUCAUCCAAUGAUUAUUCCAGCCAUGAAUCAGUAUUUAAUUACUGAAUGGCAUGCUAGUAGUUUCUUGUUCUAUCCAGCAAUCUAAAACACAUUCUAGUUUCUUUGUGAAGCAGAGACAAGGCAUCCUGUUUGGUGCUGCCACAUCUUAGGUACAUGUGGAGCAGCUGUGUGAAGGAUCCUGUGCAACUGUGUACAAGGGGAUCAGCAGGACCAACGGCCAGUUGGUGGUAUUGAAAGUGGUCAGGCUGGAGGCAGAGGAGGGAAUGCCCUUUACAACCAUUUGGGAAGCUUCUCUGCUCAAUCAUUUGAAACAUGCCAGCAUAGUACUUCUUCAUUACAUUGUCCAGACCAAGGAGACACUAACAUUUGUCUUGGAAUACAUGUGCACAGAUCUAGCACAGUACAUGGGCCAGCAUCCUGGAGGGCUUCAUUUGUGCAGCGUUAUGCUCUUCAUGUUACAGUUUUUGCAUGCCCUGGCUUACGUCCACCAACAACGCAUUCUUCACCGUGAUCUGAAACCCCAGAACUUGCUCAUCAGUUGCCUUGGUGAGCUCAAAUUAGCUGACUUUGGCCUUGCUCAUACCAAGUCCAUCCCCAGACAGAUGUACUCUCUCUGGUGCUGUCCUCCUGACGUGUUGCUUGGUGCUACAGACUAUUCUUCUGAUCUAGAUACCUGGAGUGCAGGAUGUAUAUUUGAAAUGAUCCAGGGCCAGCUCAUAUUUGUGGGAACGUCUGGUGCUUAUGAACAGUUGGUGAAGAUCUGGGUGUUAUUGGGCGUCCUAACUGAGGACACCCGGCUAGGACUUUCCAGGCUUCCCAACUAUAACCCUGAACUGGUUGCUUCCAGGAGACCUCAGAGUCUCCGAGUCAUCUGUGACAGGUUGAGCAGGGUGCCAGCAGUGGCUGAUUUGGCCUCCAGGAUGCUUACAGCCUUCCCCAGAGGCUGGAUUUCUGCACAAUAUGUGCUUCUUCAUGGCUUCUUCAGCCCUCUGCCUCCUCAGCUCUAUGAGGUUCCUGCAGGACAAUCAGUGUUCACAGUUCCACAAGUGUGACUGCAACCUGCAAGCUGUGACCUGUUUGCUUCUUACCAAAAAGGCCGUCUCACAGGAGGUUCAAGCAAGUUUUGA